AUGAGUAAUGCUGCAGAAAAAAUAAGUGAUCUAUUCAAUGUUUCAUUAACAGAGCUUGAAACAAAUAUUGUUGCAAGUGCUGUUAAAUUCAAUACAUAACCUUAGCGUUUGCUUGAUGUAUAUUAUCAAAUAAUGUUGUUUAGGAAUUAUAAUAAUCAGUGAUGGAUUUCAAGUCUAAAUUAUAUGAAUCUCUACAUAACUUAUUAUAGUUUAUUGCUUAAUUCAAUAAUGGCAAAGAUAUAUUAAAAAUAGCACAAUAAGUUGAAACUCACAUAACAAAAUUCAAAUAAUAAUAACUUCUUAUUUAGAUGAAAGUAGUGCUAAAUAGCAAAUUAAAAGCAUUAUUAGAAACAUUUUGUGGAGAAAAUCAGCAAAAAUUUGAAGUAUAAAAAUUAAUAAAAAUUAUAGGUCUAAAAUUAAAUCAAACAUCUUAAAGAUUCUUUGUUAAAGAUAGAAACAACACUUAUGGAAUAGUAAUAGCUCACAUCAAUACCAUAAUAACAUUUCAUAACUCCUUAUCCAAAAAAAAAUUUCAUAACAGCGUCAUCUUAAGAUAUCUUAACACCAAAUUUAAGUGAUGAGGCUGAAAUGAGAGGAAGAGGUUUCUUUAUAACACCUGAAAAUAGAUAACAAUAGCCAAGAUAAUUUGAUCAUUCUUAAUAAUAAUAUUCAUCAAAUGAAAGUUAUUCUGUUUAGUAAAACAAAACAUUAAAUUCUUUCGAUAAAGAAAAAUCAGAAGAUAAAACAGAUCUCCAAAGUCCAUUUUUUGGAUUAUAAUAAGGAAAUACCUAAUAACCAAAAUUGUUUCAAAAUGAAACUAUGAAUGAUUAUUUGUAAAGAGUUCCUGUUGAUGAAAGUCCCCAAGAAUCUUAAUUAUUAGAUGAAUCUAAUUUAAAUUUUCAUUAAGAAUAAAUAAUAAAAACAACAUAAUAAUAAUAAUAAUAAUAAUAAUAAUAAUAAUAAUAAUAAUAAUUAUAAUCUAAUAAGAAUCAAUAAAAGUAAUAAUCAUAACCUUCAAAAUAAUAAACUUAAUGGUCUAAUUUGUAAUUACAAUAAACAUUCUAACAUUUAGAUUCUCUAUAAACAACAAGAACAGAGUAAUUGGAAACUUAAGCAAGAGUAUCAACUCCAAAAGAAAAUUAAGUCUAAAAUCGAAAUUAAUCAGUUGAACCAAAUAUUAGAGAUAAUUCAUAGUCACCUAAUGGAAAGAGACUAAUAUAAACAUCAAAAUCAAAAGAACCAUUUUCUAGAUGUCGAUCAUCAUUAGAAACAACAAAUCUACUUCAGAAAUUAAACUCUGUAGAGGCUUCAAAGUCAACCAAUAAGCUUAAUAAAUCAAAAUCCAAUAAAGAAAAUUAAUCUUAACCUAUUGUUAAAUGUUCAAAACCUAGUAAACCUCAAAUUACAGUUUCAAAGCAAAAAAAUUAAAUCGUUACUAAACCUCAGUCAUAGAUAAACUUAGUUAAAAAAUAAAAGUAAAAUUGA